CGCUGCGGGGAACGCGCGGCCGGGCACGAGUCGGUCCGCCCUUGGGCCGCGCGGCCCUCAGCCCCGCCCUGCGUGCCGGGCCGGACGCGCGGGCUCUGUGAUCCGCGUCGCGGGGCUCUGCGGCCGCCCCGCCCAGUCCCCGCCGACGCCCGCUCUGUGGGGCGGUCAGUCAGUCACCGAGCGCGCGCCGCUGGAGCUGCGGGCGCUCUCAGCGUUCCGGAGAGGAGCGUCGCGCCUGGAGAGGCGGCAGCGGCGGCUGGAGGGCUCGAGCAGCUGCUGCCUAGCGCGGGGCUCCGGGAGGGCCGAGGGGCUGCUGCGAUGGAGCAAUUAUCUGAUGAAGAGGUCGACCAUGGGGCCGAAGAGGACAGUGAUAAGGAAGACCAGGACCUGGAUAAAAUGUUUGGGGCCUGGCUUGGGGAACUGGACAGACUCACUCAGAGUUUGGAUUCUGACAAGCCCAAAGAACCAGUAAAAAGAUCUCCUCUUCGUCAAGAAACAAAUAUGGCCAACUUUUCUUACCGUUUCUCCAUAUACAACUUGAAUGAAGCUCUAAAUCAGGGUGAGACUGUGGAUCUGGAUGCCCUGAUGGCCGAUCUCUGCUCUAUAGAGCAGGAGCUCAGCAGCAUUGGCUCAGGAGAUAGGAAGCGUCAAGUCACAGAACCAAAAGUUACCCAGAAGCUGCCAGCUAGCCGACAUUCAUCAAAACAUGGCACCCUGAGAGGAACGUCAUCUUCCUCUAACAGGACAACUAAGCCUUCCCAUGCUAACUACUCCCUGGAUGACAUCACUGCACAGUUGGAACAAGCGUCCUUGAGCAUGGACGAGGCUGCUCAGCAGUCUGUAGAAGACUCGAAGCCUUCAGGGACAAAUCAGCACAGAAGGACCGCGUCGGCAGGCACUGUGAGUGACGCUGAAGCUCGCUCCAUCAGCAACUCAUCCCGUUCAAGCAUCACGUCCGCAGCCUCCAGCAUGGAUUCUUUGGAUAUUGACAAAGUGACACGCCCUCAAGAGCUUGAUUUGACAACACACCAGGGGCAGCCAAUUACUGAGCAUGCUAUCUCUCUGAGCUGUCCCAGUAAGCAGGCCAAGCACCACUCUGACUUCACAGAAGAGCAGGCUGAGCUGACACCUCACUCCUAUCUGGACAGGGAAACCUCCCUUCUUCUGAGAAACAUUGCAGGAAAACCUUCCCAUUUGCUGACCAAGGAAGAACAGGCAGCAAAACUGAAAGCUGAGAAGAUCCGAGUUGCUUUGGAGAAAAUUAAAGAGGCUCAAGUGAAAAAGCUGGUGAUCAGGGUCCACAUGUCUGAUGACAGUUCUAAGACAAUGAUGGUGGAUGAGAGACAGACAGUGAGACAAGUGCUGGAUAACCUGAUGGACAAAUCUCACUGUGGCUACAGUUUAGACUGGUCGCUGGUGGAGACCGUUUCCGAGUUACAAAUGGAAAGAAUCUUUGAAGACCACGAAAACUUGGUUGAAAAUCUUCUUAAUUGGACAAGAGACAGCCAAAAUAAGCUUAUAUUUAUGGAGCGUAUAGAAAAAUAUGCACUUUUUAAAAACCCCCAGAAUUAUCUUCUAGGGAGAAAGGAAACAGCUGAGAUGGCAGACAGAAACAAAGAAGUGCUGUUAGAGGAAUGUUUUUGUGGAAGUUCUGUAACUGUUCCAGAAAUUGAAGGAGUCCUUUGGUUGAAAGAUGAUGGCAAGAAGUCCUGGAAAAAGCGUUAUUUUCUCUUGCGAGCAUCUGGUAUCUACUAUGUUCCUAAAGGAAAAGCAAAGGUAUCUCGGGAUCUGGUGUGCUUUCUCCAGCUGGACCAUGUAAAUGUCUACUAUGGACAGGACUAUAGGAACAAAUACAAAGCACCCACAGACUGCUGUCUGGCGUUAAAGCACCCACAGAUCCAAAAGAAGUCUCAGUAUAUCAAGUACCUUUGUUGUGAUGAUGCAAGGACCCUGCAUCAGUGGGUCAAUGGAAUCCGCAUUGCCAAGUAUGGGAAGCAGCUCUACACGAAUUACCAAGAAGCCUUGAAGAGGACAGAGUCAGCUUAUGAUUGGACUUCUUUAUCCAGCUCCAGCAUUAAAUCCGGAUCCAGUUCUUCCAGUAUCCCGGAGUCUCAGUCAAAUCACUCUAAUCAGUCUGACAGUGGAGUGUCUGACACCCUGCCUACUGGACACAUCCGUUCUCACAGUGCCGUGAGCUCCAUCUUCUCUGAAGCCUGGAAGCGAGGUACUCAGAUGGAAGAAUCCAGCAAGGCCAGAAUGGAGUCUAUGAAUCGGUCCUACACUUCACUUAUGCCCCCUCUGUCCCCUCAAACUAAGAACAUCACCCCCUAUACUGCCUCACAACCUUCACCGCCUCUGCCUCCUCCUCCGCCACCACCUCCUCCUCCUCCACCUCCACCACCACCACCACCUCCUCCUCUUCCCAGCCAGUCUGCACCAUCUUCAGGCUCAGCAGCUACCAUGUUUGUCAAGUACAGCACAAUCACCAGGCUGCAAAAUGCAGCUCAGCAUUCAGGGACCCUGUUUAAGUCUCCAACACCGCCAGCGAUGCAGCCUCUUCCUUUGGCUUCACAGUCCAAGGCUCAAAUUGUGGUGCCCCCCAAUGGAGUUAUUCCUCCACCCCCUCCUCCUCCCCCACCCCCAACCCCUGGCUCAGCCAUGGCCCAGUUAAAGCCAGUGCCAUGUGCCCCGUCCCUGCCACAAUUCAGCCCCCAGCCUCCUCCACUGAAGAUCCAUCAGCUCCAGCAUCUUCCUCAGGCGGCCCCUCCUACACCCCCACCAGCUCCUCCCGCCCCUGCACCCAUCCCUCCUCAAGCACCUCCUAAACCUCUGGUGACCAUUCCUCCUUCAGCCAGCACAAAGACUGUGUCACCAGUAGUAGCACAAGCUGUACCACCAACUCCUGCACCUCCACUGCCCCCUGCAAAGAAACAGCCAGUUUUCUCCGUUUCUCACAUUCCACCCACUCCCCCUGUCCAGCCUACCCCACAUCCCCCACCUACACUACCCAAACAGCAGAGCUUUGGGGUGAAGCCACCCCCCUCUCCACUGUCCCCUGUGCCCUCAGUUGUGAAGCAGAUAGCCAGUCAAUUUCCACCCCCUCCCACUCCUCCUCCUGUGGACUCUCAGCCCCUAAAGCCUCUCCCAGCAAGUGUCACCCCACAGUCCCCUCCUGCAGUAAAAGCAAAACCCAAAUGGCAGCCCUGCUCAAUCCCCGUCCCUUCUCCAGAUUUUCCUCCUCCCCCUCCGGAAAGCAGCCUGGUGUUUCCUCCGCCACCUCCUCCAGCCCCAACCCCAGCCCCACCACCACCACCACCACCACCACCACCACCACCAGUGCCACCCAUGGCUUCACCUACCCCUGACAAAGGUGGAUCUCCAGGCAAAAAGACAAAUAAGAUGUCCAGCCCUGGGGGGAAGAAACCACCCCCAACCCCGCAGCGCAACUCCAGCAUUAAGUCCGGCAGUUGUGCAGAGCACCCUGAGCCCAAGCGACCCUCAGUAGACAGUCUAGUCAGCAAGUUUACACCACCAACAGAAUCAGGGUCUCCCAGCAAGGAGACCCCACCACCUCCUGCAGCACCCCCCAAACCUGGGAAACUACACCUUUCUGGAGUCAACCUCCCUGGAAUCCACCAGCAAGGGACUGUGUCGGUAAAACCCUCUGUUCUGAGUGGGCGUGGAAAGGACGCCGUAGUGGAAUUUCCAUCUCCACCAUCUGAUUCUGACUUUCCACCCCCUCCACCUGAAAUAGAGCUUCCACUGCCCCCUAUCGAGAUUCCAGCUGUAUUCUCGGGGAACACCUCCCCAAAAGUGGCAGUCGUUAAUCCUCAGCCACAGCUAUGGUCUAAAACAUCAGUGAAGAAGGCCCCUCCACCUACCCGGCCCAAACGCAAUGACAGUACCCGCCUCACUCAAGCUGACAUCUCUGAACAACCAGCAAUGACCACAGUUGUGCCACAAGUGCCCACCUCUCCUAAAUCCAGCCUUAGCGUCCAGCCUGGAUUCCUAGCUGAUCUUAACAGGACAUUGCAGCGCAAGUCUAUCACGCGGCAUGGCUCCCUCUCCUCCUCACGUAUGUCCAGAACAGAACCCACAGCCACAAUGGACGACAUGGCACUACCCCCACCACCACCAGAACUGCUGUCUGAGCAGCAGAAGGCUGGCUUUGGAGGUAGCCAUAUUUCAGGCUAUGCAACAUUGCGAAGAGGACCCCCUCCUGCUCCUCCUAAGAGAGACCAGAAUACUAAGCUCUCAAGAGACUGGUAGCCACAAGACUUAUUUUCAUGCUAUCUAUAAUCAGUUCUACAAUCAGUUCAUCUGAUCAUCUGUGAAUCCAGGUGUUCAGAGUCUCCUGAUAUGUUAUUCAGGUAGUGUCCAGCUAUGUGUGUGUUUGUGUGUAUAUGUGCUGCAUGUGUGUACAUGGAUGUACACACAGCUAUACAGAUUGUGUGUAUAUACAUAUGUAUACAUGUGUGAAUGUGUAUAUACAGAGAACUGAUUCUAUUUAUUCCUUUUGCCUCCUAAUCCGAAUAUGGAGUUUUGUAUAUUUUGGGUGGAAGGAGACAUAGGAGGGGAUAUGUUGUCACUUAUAAUUUGUCUAUCGUAUGGAUUGGACCAAACCCUAGAAGGUAUUUCCUGUGUCUGUCCACGUGCCACCUAUCUGUGCAUGUGUUAGAGAAGAAAUAGUUUCUCAGCUAAAGAGCGCCAUCAGAAUGUCUGGUGUAUCUGGUAGGGCUUUUUCUUUAUUUCUCCUAGUUUCCCCAGUUGGCUGAAUUUAGAACUGCUUGACUGACACUUAAAUACUACAUGUAAAGGGCACUUUACAUCAGGAAGCCUUCAUCAUACAGAACGGGUAAACAGUGCAGGAAAGGAAAAUCCAGAAGACACUGUGGUUGUACAUAGGAAAGUCAUGGCUGCUCUAGCUGCAGUAGUCCUGCCAUGACCCCAGCCACAUUUGAGAUGUCUUCACAGGUGAGCUUUAUGUCUACAACACAAGGAAUAUUUAAUGCUACUUUCAGUGCUGUCUUGCAAAGUUUCAUCAACUUGGCUUCACUUUAUUGUGAAUCUCCAGUACAGAGUGUAAUGUACUGUCCAGUUAUGUCUUUAGGUCACAAUUACCUUCAUAUAUAGUAUGUGCAUUCAUAGACAUUUGAAUCCUUGAAUAGUCUGACUAUGAAAUAUAUACCCUGUGCCCAAUUUGGUUCUUCAUUAUAAAAAAGUCACCUGCUGCAAUGCCUUCUUUACAAACUGUUCUAUAGGAGAGAAAGAAACUGACCUGGCCCCUAUAUGGGUAUCAUUUAGGAAGUUACAAUGCAAAGAAUCCAUUUGGGAAUGGGAUUAUCAUGAACAAAAUGAAUUUUCCUAAGUUCAUCUACAGCUAGUGGAGCUGCUAAGAUUGUUGCUUGAGUGUAAACUUUUAUGGAGCAGUGUCACAGUCCAAUGACAGUAAGUGACACUGGACAGCUGGACAGACCUUGGAAGCAGUGCUCUGGAUGACACUACUGGAGUCCACACUCUUCUCUGUGCUUUUGGUACUUUUAUCAACUUACAGUGACAGGUUGAAGGGAAUGAAAUACAACCUUAGAGAAUAAAAACUGGCCAUCCCACCUAUUACACAUGAACAUAUCUUGUAAAGAAAGUCUGUGCCUGUUGAAACAGUACCAAACACAAAACUUUUUCAGUCCUGUCCCUCUAGGAGGAAGUAACUGCAAUGAAUCUGGAUCAAGAUUCAUUAGAGAAUAUAGUAUUUUUAUUACUGCAUCACAGAGAUGUGUGAGCGGCACCUCUGCAGCCACAGUUCAGUGCAGUCACAGUCAGGAAGGAAAAAGACUAGAUAAGUCAUUGUGCUUCUUAAAACCCAACUUGAUAUUUUUUUGAAUCUUUCAAAUUGUUCACCAAGUAUUUGUGCUUGAUAUUCCUAUGAUGAAGUGACCCUUAACAUACUGCAUUGUUAGUUUCAACAUACAUAACAAAUAUAGUCAAUCUGAGUACAGAUGCCAAGCCCCAGAGACUGAAAGAAGUACUUCCCAUGCUCAUCAACCUGUGGCUCUACGUUCAAGAGAGUGGAUCCAGUUAUCCCCAGUACUGAUUUUUUUCUUUGUAAAUUAAACCAGAUAAGACAAUUUAAGAUUUCCUUAAGUGAAAAAAUACGUAUUUUCAAUCUAGAUUAAGCCUUAAAUCAACAGCCUUCAUUUUUUUUUUUUUUUAGUGUGGAUUUCAUGGGAAUUCUUAAGGCAUCCUGAGCCAUGACUUCUGUUUUACUGUCUUGGGAGAGCAGAUACCUUUGAAAACCAGGAAUGCCAACAAAAUGAGAGAGCAGUAACUAUUCAUUUCUAACUCCAGUCAUAUGACAGCAUGCAGUUUCUUUAUAUUUCUCAAAGAUAAUAGCUGUUAAUUUAAAAGUGAUACAUCCCAAUCUUUUGUUAAGUGACACAUACCACACAUUCCAGUUUUGUUUUUAGCUGCCUGGUGUGCUUGAAGGUUUGCUGAAGUGUAGUUUUGUUUCUUCUGUCUCUGAUGGACAAGACCCACACAGGUUCUGUGCCUUCUCACUGCUGGCUGCUUGGCAGCUCCAGUCUACAUGGCUUUCCAGGACUGUGGAAGGCCUGGAGGUUGCCCGACACUGACCAGUGAACAGGGUGAAGGACUUCCUGCUCCUGAGGGCAGGACAGACAGGUGCUUUUCAGAAUUGGUGACUAGCUUUUUGACAACCUUAGUUUUUACUGUAUAAGUAAUUUCAAGAGUUUCUAGUGCUUAAGGUUUGGCACCAACUCUGAAGGACAACCAAACUCCAGCUCACAGGUGUUAGUACAAACACUAUUCUACGUUAACCUCACCACCUUGGCUUUUACCCCUAAGACAUUUAAAUACUUUCCCUUUUUAGUCACUAUAAUUCUCUUUUGAAGGGGAGAAAAUUAGUUUUUAAGAUAUCCACUUACAGAUAACUAGUUUUCAAUAUCUAAAAUUUUUAACACAAGAAAGGUUGUAUCUUAAAAAUUACUAAAAAUAACUUAUUUUCAUCAGAUAAUUAAAGUAAUAGAGAUGACAGUGGGUUUUCUAAGUCCUCCAAAAUUAAGGUGCUCCUACCCACAGAUGGCAUAUCUUCCAAAGGGCUGAGAACUGUUCUGGUUCCUUCUGUGUUACUUUGAUGUUAUAAAUAAUGCUAAAUUUGUCUAAACAGUUAGAAUUGAGAGGUCAUAAAAAUUCCAACAGGGUAACAAUUUCAAGGUUCAGAUCAACAGGGAUCCAGGUUUUAGAACCUGGAUGUUAGUGUGGAUUUGUUCAUCGGACUUUGAACAGAACAUUUUGCCACCUUUGCUACUCAAAACCAAUUUUAUGUUACAAACACAGUGCAGCGUUUAAGCAAGUAAAAAAAAAAAUCUAUUCAAACAUUUUCAUAUAUCUUCAGAAAUCAGAAAAAGCAUAACUGAUGUAAUCCCAGGCUUUGCUCCAUUUUACUAAGUAAAACAAUGGUCCCGUGUGGCUAGGUGACAUUAAAUUAAAAAUACCUUUUGGAAUAUUUGUUACUUUUAAUAUCUACUUUACAUUAUCUGUAAUAUGUAACCUCUCUCCAAGUUUACCCAAAGGGAAAUGCAAAAUCUGAAUAUCCCACCAUCUUUUAAAGUCCUUUUAAAAUCCAAUAAAAACAUGUUACAUCUUUAAAACUCUAGCUAUAAAAAUUACAAAUGUUCAGUGCCCUGAGGAGGUCUGUAUAUAAAAGAAACCUAAAAUCUAGGUGAAUUUAAUGAAAUAACAUACUUUAUACCUAUACAAUGUAGGGAGCAGGGCAGGGCCUGUAUUGGGUUUUCUCUGAAAUAAACCAUUUUAGAGAGCUAUCUGCUAUUAUCCCCAGGGCCUUGAACUCUUUAGAGGAAUAGCUUUUAAAAAACAACAAAAAACUACAAGUAAACUUUUAAGGUGCUAAUGAAAGAGAAGGAAGGUAAGUACUUUUGAAGUCUGGGUAGAAGUGGGAAAGGGGUGACUCUUACAAAGUUUUUUUCAUCCAUCCACAUGGAAUCUGUUUCCUCUCAAAGAUGUUUAGAAAAGUGGUUCAGAUCACACUGAGCCAUGCUUCAGAUCUGGCCAAAUUGGGAGCAUGCUGUUCAUAAACUAAAUUUCAAACAAGGGUUUAAAAAUCAACUUCCUUUAAAAAGAAAAAAAAAAUCAACUUCUUAGACAUGGUUGCAGCAGUAGGGAAUACAUUUUUUAAAAACUAUCCAUUACUAUCCAUUUGUUACAACACCAAAACCUGCCAUUUUUCCGAAUUCCACCUCCUAUCUUCCUGUAUUUGUAAAUAGUCCCUCCUAGAAAAUAAGCAUUAACUAGAAUGUGUCAAAUGACUUUGCUUGGUUUUACUAUCAGCCACUAGUAAACUCUUCUUCCUGAGAUGCAUAAGGUAAAAUAUGAUUAGCUUGUGCUAAGUGUUGUAAAAAUACUGUUCACUGUUUUCAAAGAGAAUUGCACAGUAUCUUUAACUGGGGUUGUCCUCUUCUGUCUCUUUAAAAACAAAACAAAACAAAAAUGGACUCAAGGCUCACUCUGACUUCCAGCUGUGGGGAUUCUGUCAUAGAAAUAAUGUAGAAAUAUACUUUUUUAAAGCAUGAAGAUAACAAAAAUGUACCUGAAAGAGGACAGUAUUCAGAGGAUUAUGCACAGCUUGAUAAGUAUGAAGUUGUGGUUUUCUUUCAGCCUUGUUGCUAUUUUCUUCUGCAUAAAUGUACACUCAUUUCAUUAUGUGCCUUGCUCCGAUUGUGCAAAGCUAUAUAUACACACAAAUAUAUAUAUGAGAGAGAUAUAUUCAUUCAGUACUACUGAUGAUGGUUUUGUUCUACUGCUGGAUUAAGUUAUUGUCUGAGUUACACUUGCCACAUGUCAUAAACUAUUGUAAUGGCUUAGGACAGUGGUCAUACAGCCAGAGUAAAUUUGUUUUUCCAGUUAUAUUAUUUUGUCAUCUAUCCCAAUUCUUAAUAAAAAAAAAUUACAUAGAUUCCAUUUAAACAAAGGAUUUCACGUGUUUUGGAUGAGCACUAUUAAGAGCCUGGUUUUGUAGGGUGGGAGAGAUGACUCAGCUGUUAAGAAUGCUUUCUGCUCUUCCAGAGGACCAGAGUUCAAUUCCCAGCACCCUCGUCGGGCAACUCAAAGUCACCUAUAACUCCAGCUCCAAAGGAUCCAAUGUCCUCUUCUGGCCUCCAAAGGCACCUGAACAUGUGUGGCAUACAUACACUUAAAUAAAUAAAAGUAAAUUUUUAAAGAA